AUGGAUGAAGACAGAGACCGAGGCUGGUUGGAGCGGUUCGUCUGGGUGCGGACCUCGGACAUUAUCCCGAAUGAUUUCAUGCCCUUCCCGGAAGAGUGGAACAACAGGCGUUUGCCCAAGGGCUCGGUGGACCCAAGACCGGAGUCGGGUGUUGAACCCACAGUGUCGGCAUCUGAGUUCGAUUCAGCGGGUACGUCUCAUGCCCUUGCUGCUGCCAAAAGAAAGAGGCCCUCGGAGAGAGGGCAAAGGUCGAAAAAGAGGGCGAAGAGCAUUGUUCGGACCUCCCGGGAUGAAGUAGAGCCCGAUAUCAUUAUUCGGAGAGUUGACGGUGAUUCUCCCGUGGCUCCGAUCCCCAAGGAGGUUAUUGCCGUCUCACCUCUUCCUUCUGCUGCUGAAGGACUUCUGAGUGUGGUCCUUGUCAACGAGGCCUUCGUCUGUGCCCAGCAAAAGAUGGACGAUCUUAAGGGCCAAUUGGAUGCCCAGGGUCGGAAAACAGAUAAGUAUCUGCACCUUCUUCGGGAGAAAGAGGAGGAAUUGAGCCGAGCAGUCGCUCUUUCCAAUCUUCAGCCCGAACUUGACGCAGCGAAGGCCGAGAAUCUUCAGCUGAGGAGUGAACUGGUAGCCCUGAAUGAAUACAAUCGGAGCCUCGAAACUGAGAAGAUCGGCCUUAACCGGGAUAAUGCUCAAAUUUCCUCGAGGCUCGGUGAGCUUGAGACCACUUUCUCCCAACUCCAGGAGGAGCUAGAUUUGGUGAAGUCGGACGCUGCGGGCUUGGCUGAGAGGAACCGACUGCUUGAAUCCGAGAGUGCCCGGCAUCAAGAGCGUGCUAGGGUGUUUGAAGAUAAAGCGGAGAGCAGGGCCCGAUUGUGCGAUGGUCUGAAGAACGAACUUAAGGAAACGGCCGAUGCAAAUGACACCCUCCAGUCCAAGCUUCAAUCGGCCAUCCAUAUGCAGAAUGUUCUUGGGGAGGCUUGGGAUGCCCUAGCAGCGAAGUUAGCCCAGGCCAAGGAUGAUUUGACGAGGCUCUGA